CUCUCUGACACUCCAUCUUCAUUUUACCCUUUUGUCAUCUCUGUGUAAUUUCUUUUUCAUGUAUUAACACUCUUAAAAGUCACCAGACCUGUAGAUUAUCAUAACCAGGAAGAGGAUGUAAUUACUCAACAUCAGUAUAGACCAGUAACCAGGAGCACCUAAAGAGCCUUAACAAAUAUUCAGUAUUGUGGACACAAGCCAAGAACAGAUCAUUUCAGAUACCAGCCUGACAAAGCCCUGACCGCAACAAAAUCAUCUUGACCUUCAGUUGAUUCACAUUUCCUUUCUCUACAUUGCAACAUAUUACUCUGUCGUGCCAGUGCAAAGACUUCCUGCGUCUACGCUCCCUCUGUGCCCCAGGACCCUUACAGUGCCCCUCAGAGGGGAGAUGCCAGUCUUGCUUAAUGCUGAUGCCUCCUUCAGCUCCAAGCAGGAGCUCCUGGACCUACAGGACUGCCCUCUCAGUGGGGGUCUCUCUCUGGACACCCCAAGCCCCACGGACUCCCAGAUAGGCAGCCCAUUAGGCUCAGGACCCAGAAGCCCUUGCAGCCCUGGAACUGAUGGCCCUGUUCGGCCACACAUUUUCACUGGAGCUUCAACACUCCCAGGCCAGCCAUAUGGGGUGGAAUCAAGACCCAACGCAGAGACUCCUAUGGGGUUAAAACUGAUCUCCACUGAUUCAGAUCAGCUAUGUGGUUGGGGGGUUCUGACACCCAAAGCUAUCCAAGUUUUCAACACCCCUCGUUGGGUGCUGUUCUUCCUUUGCGUGGCCUCUUUCCUCCAGGGGAUGAUAAUCAAUGGCUUUAUUAACACAGUCGUCACCUCCAUCGAGAGGCGUUUUGAUCUGCGCAGCUACCAGGCUGGCCUCAUCGCCAGCUCCUACGACAUAGCAGCCUGUGUCUGCCUUGCCUUCGUCAGCUACUUCGGGGGGACGGGACACAAACCUCACUGGCUGGGAUGGGGGGUGCUGAUUAUGGCACUUGGUUCUCUAGUGUUUGCCUUGCCUCACUUCACCACGCCCUGCUACCAGGUCAGUCUGCCCGAGCGAACGGGAAUGUGCUCCGCCAACCGUACCAGUCCGUGCCGGGACAAGGAGGGUGGAGGAUUGUCCAACUAUCGUUUUGUGUUCAUGCUGGGUCAGUUUCUACAUGGUGUGGGUGCUACGCCUCUCUACACAUUGGGGGUCACAUACCUGGAUGAGAAUGUGAAGUCCAACUAUGCGCCUGUAUAUAUUGGGAUCUUCUACACAGCGGCCAUUGUGGGUCCAGCAGCAGGCUACCUGCUGGGAGGAUACUUCCUCAACAUUUACACCGAGAUCCACCUGACUACUGAGAUGACCCCUGAGAAUCCUCUGUGGGUUGGAGCUUGGUGGAUCGGCUUCUUGGCAGGAGGAGCGGCAGCUCUGCUGAUAGCAUUCCCCAUCCUGGGCUACCCACGACAGCUACCGGGCUCUCAGGAGUACGUAGCCAUGCGGGUGUCUGAGGCCCACCAGCUUAAAGACGGAAGCCACACCACAGCCUCAGACCCUCAAUUUGGCAAAUCGGUCAAAGACAUGCCAAGAUCUGUGCUGCUCCUCCUAAAGAAUCCCACCUUCCUGUUCCUGUGCUUGGCUGGGGCGACUGAAGCCACCCUCAUUGCCGGCAUGUCCACCUUUGGUCCAAAGUUCUUGGAGUCACAGUUCAGUCUCAGUGCAUCCGAGGCUGCAACAUGGUUUGGAUACAUGGUGGUACCAGCAGGAGGUGGUGGCACCUUCCUGGGCGGCUAUAUCGUCAAGAGAUUGAACCUGCGCUGUCGAGGCAUCAUCCGCUUCUGCAUGAUGUGUGCAAUGGUCAGUCUGCUCGCUAUCUUCAUCUUUCUCAUCCACUGCCCAAAUGUGCCCAUGGCUGGUGUAACAGCACCAUACCAGUCUGGUCUGCUGGAGGAACACCGACUGGACCAGUACAAACACCUGUAUGACGUGCCCAGCAAACUGCGCCUUAGAAACAGCUCAUCUUUGGAGGAGAACCUGACAGUGGGCUGUAAUGCAGACUGUAGUUGUGCCAGAGAGCUGUACAACCCAGUGUGUGGAGCAGACGGUGUGAUGUAUUACUCCCCCUGCCACGCCGGCUGUAGGUCCAUCAACCACACAAAACACUCCACAGGCAAACAGGUGUACUCUGGAUGUAGCUGUGUGGUGGGUAAUGUGUCCUGGGGUGAGGAGGGCUUUGCUCUGGCAGGGAAGUGUGGCAGCUCCUGCCACCACAUGCCAGCCUUCCUCUCCUUCCUCUUCGUCAUCAUUUCCUUCACCUUCCUCUGUAGCAUCCCAGCACUCACUGCCACACUCAGGUGUGUGCCAGACAGCCAGAGAUCCUUUGGACUUGGCAUCCAGUGGAUUGUGGUACGCACAUUUGGUGGUAUUCCAGGACCCAUAGCAUUUGGCUCCGUGAUUGACAUCUCCUGCUUACUGUGGCAGGAUCAGUGUGGUGAGCAGGGCUCCUGCUACCUCUAUCAGAACUCAGCCAUGAGCCAGUACACACUGGUAGCUGGCAUCAUUUAUAAGGUUUUGGGAACAAUCUUUUUCCUGUUAGCGAGCGUCCUCUACCAACCUCCUCCUGAGUCGCCUCAAAGCAGCUGUGAGAGCACCGACCAUGGAGUAGGGGACAUGAGCGACCUGCCUGUCAAAGACCUGCCUGAAGAUGGCGUCAUUGUCAACCUGCACGCCAGGUUAUGAUGUCAGAGACCCACUGAUCGCUGAGUCUCUGACUGUGUGGAUCUAUGUGUAGGUGCUGCUUAAUGCAGGAUGUCUGAAUUAGAGGUCUUCAUGGAUCCACCCGAACCCUAAGACCCGAGACCAUCCCGGUACCCAUACGGGUUUGGAUCCAUGUUUUGUACGGUCAGUUGGGUACGGUUCAGGUCCCGUUCUUUUACCACAGGUCUGUUUAAAAUUGUAUUUAAUACCUGAGUGGAUCUGACAAGAUGUGGUUGUGAUCAGACAGUGCUGAUCAUGAUGGUAGUAGUGUGCAUACGUGUGUGUGUGUGUGUGUGUCCGCGCGCAUGUGUAGGCAGGAGCUGCAAGCAAACUGCAAGGUGCAUCUGUAGCCACUCGGUGGUACCAGAUAACCUGCACAAGUAAGUUCCCCAGCCCAGGAGGCAAGGGUCAGAGAGCAGAGGUCAGAAUCGUCUUGGAAAGCACGGAUGAUAGCAAAUGCUAUUGUUAACAGCCAUGGCAACAAAUGAGCAGUUCAAAAGUGCAAACAGUUGAAAUUAUCUUUUUUGUGCCAGAUCUAACAGAACCAAUAGGACCUUUAACAUGAAAUAACGGGUGGAUUGGCCAUGCUGCUUAAAUCAGUGAGAGAGGAAUCACAGUUAACAUUGACUUAUUUUACCAACCUCUCUGGCAAGGAGGAUGGAUUUGAGUUUGAGAGUUUAGUUUAACAACUUGUAAAUUAGCGUUAACUUGAUAAGGUUAAAUAAGUAAUCAGCUAAAAAAUAGCUGCCUAUCAGGUCUGUGUCUCCCAGACGAAUUUGGGUCCAACUUUUCUUGGUUCUACCUGGGUCCAGAUCCCAGGUUUCAAAUAACGAAAGUGUCAGGUUGGAUUCUGGGAAGCACAUUUCUGGGUUGUUUAGGGUUCGUGCACAAAUUUUUGGACCUGUGAAGACCUUUUGUGUGAAUGUGUGUUUGGGUGGUGAUGGGGAUGUCUCUCUAUACCAACAGCCUUCUCUCAGCCAUAAUGACACAAUGCACCAACAUACACAUGAGUGCAUACGUACACAUGCAAUCACACAAAAUGAAUGCAGACACACAAAUUCAAACAGGCCCUUGGACACCUUCAUGUCACAUGCAUACUGUUCUGAUGCCUGUAUGGGCCAGGACACUUCUCAAUGAGACUUGCUCCUGGUUAAUUUUUUUAAAGGUUUAAAGAAAUGUCCGCAAACACACACAAACACACACAGAUACACGCACACACAACUUUCUGUUGUACAUGCUGACUUCUAACAUGCUGCUCUCCUUGAAGAAAAUCCUGCUGUGUCUGCAUGUGUGUGUAUCUGUGUAUGUGAGGGCGGUGCCACACAAGUUUUUAUAUACAAGGAAGCAUUUCUACAAAUAUCUGUGGAAGUCAGAUGACAUUUCUGUUUCAUAUUUGUGUAGUUUUCUUUCAAAAGACAAUGAAACAGCUGAGAUCUGUAUGGUGUAUAUUGUGUAUCAUGUGAAUGAAGCUUCUAUGAUGUGGAAAAACGGCAUUUCCAUCCUCUACUUCUGUUCUUUCCCCAUGACUGGAAGAUGGCUACUGUUACACUGCUUUAUGUUCUACCCACAGAUAAAGCCAUGGUCUUUUACUGUACAAGAUCUCCAGGCCAGUAAUAAUGAAGCCAAAUCAUUUUCAUAUCUUAUGUCAUAUUUUAAGCCAAGAGUAUCUAAAGGCACUUAUAUUAAUGUAAUGUAAACAUAGACUAUGGGUCACACUACAGCAGCACAAAUAUAUUUUCAAUUAGAAAAGCACAGACGUAUUUUUGAUAGCAACUUGGACACAUGUUCAAGAGAUUUAUGACCAGUCAUUGGCCUGAAUUUAAAAGUGGUAAUACAGAGAAAACCACAAUAGGUUUUUGAUUGACAUAAAAUUGAUCCGUGCACACACACACACACACACACACACACACACACACACACACACACACACAUUGGAUUGAUUGCUCUGUCUGACAGAGCUCAGCAGAAAGAGCUUUGAUGCUUCUCUUCCACAGAAAUUGCAAACUGCACUUUAAAAAAAAAGUUUGAAAAGUAUGUGUUGACACAAUAAAGGCCUGGUCACAACAGCAUUUAAAAUGGCAAAUUUUUGAACAUAUUCAGUUAUUUCCAAUGGAAUCGCCACAAUGAAUUCAUUCACUCACAGGGAUGAAGUACAGCUGCACAAUUUCUUUGUGAAAUUGUGUAUACACUGUCCAAAAUGGAGGGCGCUAUCGUAGCUUGUUAGCUGUAUUUGCACCAUCAACUUUUCUAGAGUGAUGUGAAACCAGACAAACCAAACAUCCUGUUCCAGAGAUAAGAGAACCUUAUUUAAAAUCGCAUUGACAUUUGUAAUCACACAAAUAACAACUCCAACUUUGGAAUAAAAGCCUUUCUCAAGAGUAUGUUGUGUGGUUUACUCCUUAUGUGUAGGUAAAGACUGUAAUUUACCAAAAGAGAACAGACAAGACAGACAUGAACAGCACAGUAUUGUUCUUUUCUUUCCCAGGAGCCUCAGAC